AUGACCGAUGAACCUGGAACGGCCGUGUGGUCAGAGUGGCAGCGCCGCUUUCAAGCGGCGAUGAAACGUUCCGAGACUGGCCCGCUGCGCCCUCAGUUCCUUCGUUCGCCUAUCGUGAAGGAAGCUCAUGCUCGUAUGGACUCGUCAAAAAUUCCGAGACGACCUUUCACGGUCUCUGACGCCCAAGUCGUCGACGAAGCAGUGCAGGCGCUGGUUGCGUACAUGCGCUUACUAGAAAGGGUCAGCACCAUCGGAGGCAGCCUCGAGAAAGAGGCGUACGCUGUGUUCCAUCAUAUCUGGAGAUGGUUCAUGUUCCUCCUCCCGUUUUCGAACAACGUGGCGGACAAUGGAAGCCCCGACAACGCGGCGACGCACUUUGUGGACGGCAAGAUAUCGACGGGCAGGCUACCGCUCUUGAUCAUGAUGCGGAUGUUCCUGAACUGCGUGUUGGGGUCCAAGGUCGGGCGCGCCGCUUGCGUAGCGCAGUACGACUUCGUCGACGCCUUCAUCGAGGUCUACACUGAUCCCACCUGCCCUCGAGGGAUCGUCCCGCAAGUAUCAUUCGUGGCGCACCUCUUGAUCCAAAAGUUCGCGCGCCUUCUCGACGACCCCGAACACUCCCCCCGCCUCAUGCGCGACAUAUGCGAGUACGACCGUCACUAUCCCGGCCGCUUUCUCUCCGCUCUGAUCGAAGAGCAUCAGGGGACGUUCGAUAUACCGUUCGAGGAGGGCUUGACGCCUUAUGUCGAUGUGAGCCGAAAGCUCCAGGGGUCAGAUGCCUUAGUGGACAAGUUCGUCAGGACGGGGGGUGCCAAGAAGAUCGUCGGUCUCCUGCGGAGAGCAGUCGCUGACCUGAUCGACGACACCCCGUCGUUUGCUGAGCGUUUGAACACGUAUUGGAUGUCACAAUUCCAUCUCCUCGCCAUGACGAAACACUCUGAGGAUAUGAUUAUGGAUGGCCUGGAGGCUGGCCUGCUCGUAUACUUCUGUGACGUCUUCGUCGACGCCCAAAGCUGCUUGCGACAUAUGGAAUGGAGAAAGCCUGCGACGACAUUCAUCAAAAUGGUGCUAGCAGCCGCUCUCGUCUGGCCGCAUAUACUAUAUGCGUUCGACUGCGCUAUUGAGGACGACAAAAUCAAGUACGAUAUCGACGAGAUAGAGCCCAAUUGGGACGCGCUCAGCGAGCUCUAUCGCCUGUUCGAAAAGCGCCUCGCCAUGCUGGCGGAGCUGAGGGCGGAGCUUAAGCCGCUGAAGUGGUGCCACAAUGCGCAGUGCCCGGGCGCCAGCGAGCCUGUUCGCAAGAUGUGCAUCUGCGGUAGGGUUUUCUACUGCUCGCGGACCUGUCAAAAAGUCCACUGGCGCGCAGAACACCGCAGACGCUGCGGCAGCCACGCCCCUAGUGCCCUCGCGAACUUCGCAUUGGUGAACCCGGAGUUACCAAUAUCGCAUCUGGAGCGCCGAUUCUUUGUCAAAAUUGCCAGAGAUCUCGCCACCCAAUGCAAUCUCCUUCAGUCAAAAGGAAAAUUUAUCACCACGCACGUCAAUGGGAAGCCGGCGUAUACCGACUUCGGCAAACAUGUCGUUGGAUACGCCAUCGCCAUAGACUGCACGCAUGAGUUCAUACCACAACUAGUUGCAAAGUUUGAUGACCCUUUACCUGAGAUCGAUCCGCCCCGCGUAUAUGUGCGAGUUCGUCUAGGUCCCGACGUCGCUACUGUCUACAUAGGCAACAUUUCCAGAGAUAAUUGGUCAAAUAUGGCCCAUGCACGAGAGUUUGAGACGCCAUGGCAAAGACGCUUCCAACAGGCCUUGGACAAAGUCGGCAAAAAUAAGCUUCAACAGCGCUUCAUGCGCUCGCAAAUAAUCCAAGAAGCUCAAGCCCGCCUCGCCGCUUCGAAGAUACCCAAGCUCCCUCUGCAGGCAUCUGACGUGCCCGUCAUCGACGAGGCCAUGCAGGCGCUCACGAUAUACUCCUCACGCUUGCUGAGUAAAGCCUCUGAGAGCGGAGGAGACGUCGAGCAGGAUGCAUAUGCGAUAUUCAGCGACAUCUGGAAGUGGAUCGUCUUCCUCCUCCCCUCCUCGGGCAACCUGGGCGACACCGGCAACUACGAGAAUAUGAGGCCGUCCUUUGUAAAUGGUGAAGUCUUGAUCGGGCAGCUGGCUCUGCUGGGCCAUCUGCGACCCCUCUUUGGCAGCAUCCUUACUGCUGGCUAUCAGACGGGCCGGGCGCACUGUCUUGCGCAGCGCGACUUCAUCGAUGUCUUCCUCUCUGUCUACACCGCCUGGUACCCCCGGGGACUCUCCCAAACUACGAUGUUCUUCACGCAUCUCAUGGUCCAAGGCCUACACCGCGCGAUGGAGGCAGCCGACGAUUCCUCGCGCCUCGUCGCCGAUAUUUGGUCGUAUGACAACCUCCACCCUGGCAAAUUCCUGACCCACCUCGUCAAGAACAUGGCACUGCUCUUCGAGAUACCCUUUGACGUAUUCCAUCCAUCCUACUUCUACGUCUGCAAACCACUGCUGGAGUCGGAGCCGAUGGUCGAAAACUUCGUCAGGAGGGGCGGUGUGAAGAGGGUCAUCGAUCUCUUACGCAAGGCGUCCGACAAAAUCAUCGACGAGACGCCGCCGUUCGCCGAGCAGGUGAACAUCUUCUGGAUCUCCCAGUUGACGCUUUUCAUCCGUACGAAGUACGCGCAAAGAGUUGUUACCGACUCUCUAGAGGCUGGUGUGCUCCCCUACCUCAUCCGCGUCUUCAUCGACCCGAAUAACUACCUGCGGGGAGAGACGUGGACGAAGCCCGCAACGUUAUUCAUCGAAAAUGUGCUGGCGCCCGCCCUCGUUUGGCCGCACGUCGUACACGCGUUCUCGCGUGCCAUCGAGGAGGACAACGUCAAAUUCGAUCCCGAGUUGAUUAAGCCUGAUUGGGAGGAGCUCAGCGACCUCUUAUAUCAUUAUCAAGUCCGUGUCGAGAUGAUACGCAAACUGAGGGCGACACUCAAGGAGUACAAGCGGUGUCACAAUAUGGAGACUUGCCCGAAUCCCAUUCAACGAGUGCGGAAGAUGUGCAUCUGCGGCCGCGCAUUCUACUGCUCGGAAGAAUGCCAGAGGUAUCACUGGCGCACCGAGCACUACGCCAUAUGCAGGAGUCGGGACGCUCGAGCUCAUUUCAAGCUUGAGAAUCCAGGACUCAACCUUCAGCACUUCGAGCGGUGCUUCCUCAAGAUGCUGGUCCGCAGCCUCACCGACAAGAUUGGCCUGCACCAAUCCAAUGGCCACACGAUGAUCACCUAUGUUGAUGGCGAGCCCGCACUCGUCAAUUAUCGCAAGCUUUACGUUGGAUAUGCGCUUGUCGUCGACUUUUCGCAGAGCUUAGUACCUAGAUUGUCCCAUAACUUUCCAGAUCCGCUGCCGCCCUGCGACCCGCCACAUGUCUACGCGCGCGUACGCCUGGGUCAGGAAGUCGGUGUCAUUCUGAUGGUCUCACACGCGGUCGCCCGCGGAGUGAGCCUGAAUAACGUGUACCGGAGCUUCGAACAGAUUUGGCAGUGGCUCGUGUUCCUCCUUCCGUCAUCGCGCAAUGUUCGCGACGGCGGAGGCGACAUCGACGUUAGGGCCUUCUUUGUCGAGGGGGAAGUGCGCUCGAGCAGGAUUCCGCUGCUCUAUGUCUUCCGCGUAAUCCUACAGGGCGCUCUGAACAACCCGAACGCACAGUCCUGCUGCCUUGCGAAGUCGAACUUCAUCAAUGUCUUUCUCGAAGUCUACACUGCUCCGCGCCCUCGAUUUGUCCGCUCGGUCACUAUACUCCCCAUCACGCACGCCAUGAUCAGGGGUCUUCAUAAAGCUCUCGUCGAUCCGCUUCAUGCUUCCCAACUCCUAGGCGACAUCUGCGAGUACGACGAAAAGCAUCCCGGGGCAUUUCUUCGCACUCUUUUCGGUGACCUAUCUCUGGCGACUCUCGACGCGCGUUCGGAGCAAUCCGAGUCCUGGCCAUACGUCGAACUCAGCGAAAAAUCGCUGCAAGUCGAUUCCCUGCGCCGCAACUUCAUCGUAGCGGACGGUGGCAAGGUUCUGACGAGGCUCCUUCGCACGGCUGUCUUCUUACCAGUCCACAACCCGGGGGCAGUCUCAUACGCUUCGAUGACAAACCUUCGCUGGCUUCACCAACUGGCGCUUCUCGCUGCGGAAGACGACACACUUCAGCUCCUCGUGGAUGCUUUGAGGUCGGGCCUUCUCCGGUACUUCUUCCAUGCUUUCAACGAUCGCGAUGGUUUCUCUGUGAGCGAGUGGAGGGACCUUGCCGAUAAAUUCCUCGAUAUCGUCCUCGUGCCCAAGCUGGUCUGGCCCUCUGUUCUCCGCGCUCUCAACUGUGCGAUUCGCAAGCUCGCUGUGCGCCACAGUCCGGAUGCACUUGGUCGAAUCUGGGAGGCCUAUCGAAAGCUUCUGCCAGUGUAUGAGCAGCGACUCGAGGCGAUGGCAGGACUGAGGGCAUCUAUGAAGGAGAUUCAGUGUUGUUCCAACGGAGGGAAUUGUCCUGGCAGCACCGAACGAGCACGCAAGAUGUGCCGUUGUGGUCGAGUAUCUUAUUGCUCGCGGGAUUGCCAGAAGAGCCAUUGGCUCCAAGAGCAUCGUGCGCUUUGUAGCAGCCCCGACGCCCGUGCUCACCUCAAGCUUGAGGAUCCAGGAGUACCGCUGACCAACCUCGAGCGCUGCUACUUGAAGGCAAUCGUGCGAAGUAUCACCGACCCGACAGGCUUGCACCAGAGCAGGGGUACACGGAUGUUGCAAGAAAACUCCGACGGUGGCUUUCCGAGUGUCAUUAACUACAGAGCGUUAUACGCCGGUUACGCCCUCCUCAUCGACUUCGCGUCCGGGGGCGAGCCCAGAUUUUUGCCUAACUUCGAGGACCCUUUGUCAGCUAGCACUCCGCCACGCGUAUACGCCCGCGUACAGUUGGGCAUUGCCUGCAGUAUCAUCUUCAUGGGUCUUCUUACUCCUGAUCCUUGGUAG